AUGUUACGGUUAUCUAAAGCGCUGGAUUCUAAACUUAUCGGAGAAGUUGCAUUAGCUCUCCAAGACCUCGACGAUAGCGGGAAAUGUUCAGAUGCCUUUGAAUACAUUCUCUAUGAAAUCAUUUCAUGGGAUCUCACACAAUUGCCUGCAGUUUCUGAAGGAGUUAUUCGCCGUCUAAUGGAUCUGGUUAAUAAUCGGGAUUCUUUAGAAAAUAUUUCCCAAAAAAUCUUGAAAGCACAAUCUGCAGUUGCAGUUCAGUUAGCGGUGACGAAGAUGAUCGAAGAAAAUUGGUUACUCAGCCACGAAGCUUGCAACGAUGUCUGGAGAAAAAUCAAAGCAAAUCAGCCUACUGAAGAGAAGUUGGACGAAAAUAUGAUUGACGAAUAUGUUGCUCGGGUCACUGCAAACUGUAAAAUUUUGAGAUUGUCUGGAACUCCACGCCGAUUUUUGUCCAGUAUGCUUCUGGAGUGUUUCAAAGCUUCCAGUCAAUUUCGGAAGACCGUGUCCACUGAUUUUCUGAACGAGCUUGCGAUUCUUUCAUCUUUCCACCCUGUGAUUAUUGCUGGAAGUAUGAAAAAAGGUCCCAAUAUCUUCUUGCUACCACAAGUUUUCACGGAAUAUCACCGAUUUUGUCUAGAGACUCAGGAAUUCAUAAGUUUCUAUCGUCACCAUUCAGUCUAUCAUAGAGCAAACUCAUGUGGUAUGCUUUCGGUCUUCCGGAGCAUUUGUGAUCGGAUGAACCGAAUUGAGCCGUUGCAAGGAGAAGACAUUGAAAAUGUUGUGGAUUUGUGGCUGGCCGCUAUACCUAUUUUCGACGGACAUGGAAUAUCGAUGAAUGAUAUAACAGACUCAGCAAAACUAAUCGAAGCAAGCACUUCGAAAUUCGAUAUCAAAAGGCGCCCUUUAUUCCUUAAACGGUUUUUGAGAAAGCUUUCUGAAAAGAAAGAUGCGAGCGUUGGCAUGGAACCUCAAAUCGUAGCCACAAUCAUUACCACAUUUCAACGGAAUGCGUUCAAUCAUAAAUCUUCUGAAUUCUACGAAGAGCUCGGAGAGUUUUGGACACUAUGUCUGAAGAUGAAAUAUGAUGAUAUCUACUACGCAACCGUCUUCUACUCUGCUGUCUUCACAUUAGCACAAGCUCAAGCUGUUUUUCGAGUAAAGAAGGAACUAUGUAGAGCCGUUUACGAGAAGAUUCUGCAACCCAUGCAUCAGCAAAUUGUAGAUUUUGUCAAGCUGAAAAAUUUAGAGACUAAUAAAGCUUCAACUGAUGAAGAGAGAAUUAUGCUGGAGCAGAAGAAUCUUGGAGCAAGCUACUUUUCGAUACUGACAUGCACUUACAAAAAUGCCGAGGACCGAAUUUUGGAAUUCAUUAAUCAAUGA